CCCAUCUCGACUAUAUAAGCCGGCCACUUCUCCACCUGAGGCACGCAGUCCACAGAGGAGUAUUCCAGCUGCAACAUGAAGUUCCUGGUGGUACUGAGCGCCGUGGUAGCGGCAGCACUGGCUCGUCCCGGAUACCUGGGAACGGGCUUAGCGGGCCUGCUCGCCAAUGGCAUCGGAGCUCCAGCGCUGGCGGCACCUGGCAUUGUGGCGCCAGGCCUCAUCGGAGGGGGCGGAGCAGCCUACCUGGGAGCGGGGGCGGCCCUGCUGGGAGCGGGAGGCGCGCCCGUGGGUGGCCCGGCCAACAUCGUCAUCGGACCCGACGGAGUUCCCGCGGACACCCCUGAGGUGGCCGCCGCCAAGGCCAGCCAUGCGUCGGCCGUCGCUCAGACGCAGGCGCGAGACGCCGCACAAGCCGCCGCCGACGCCGCAGCGGGCAUCUACGCCGGAGCCGGCGUCGGUGCUGGUUUGGGCGCCGGAGGCGGCGCUCCGGGCGCCGGUCUGGCCCUGUACGGCCCGGCCAACAUCGUGAUCGGCCCCGGCGGCGUGCCGCUCGACACCCCCGAGGUGGCGUCCGCCAAGGCGGCCCACGCUAGCGCGGUGGCGCAGACGCAGGCCCGCGACGCCGCCCAGGCCGCCGCCGACGCCGCCUCCGGCGCUGCGUUCACUGGUGCCGGGUUCGCGGGGGCGGGUCUGGCCGCUGCAGUUCCUUCUGCGGGUCUGGCGCGCUAUGGCCCGGCCAACAUCGUGAUCGGGCCUGGUGGAGUGCCCCUGGACACCCCUGAGGUGGCAGCCGGGAAGGUGGCCGACGCCGUCGCUCACCUGCACGCCAAGGCCCGUCUGGGACUCAUCGCAGGCUGAGAGAAACUCUGGUUCCACGACCGAAAGUUCCCCUGUAUUUUGCUCAAGACGACCGGCCACUCAGUACGCAUGUUGUAUAUAAUAAUUUAUAAUUUUUCUACAAUGUGAUGUAAACUCUUUGCAAUAAACAGAGUAAUCUCUGGAAA